AUGGGGGAGAGCCUAAUUCAGAGAAAUGGUCGCUUUAUGAGCCGCGACGGGUCUCAGUGUCUCAAGCAGAAUUCUACCAAUCACCAGAGCUGGGCGGAGGUGGAGAUUGAGGAAGACGGUGGGAAUCUGAAACGGGGCUUCUUCUACUUCUCUGAGCUGAGCUGGCAUCUGAACACGCACACGGGAGAGAGGCCCUAUGCUUGUGAUGACUGUGGAAAGGGAUUUUCGCACAAUUCAAUCCUGCGGAAGCACCGCAUGAUUCGCAGCGGAGAGAGGCCGCAUGAGUGUGACAAGUGUGGAAAAGCAUUUUCUGACGCCUCGACGCAACGGAACCACCGCGCGAUUCACACCGGGAAGAAACCGCACUCGUGCCUCGACUGUGGCAAGAGCUUCUCGCGGAUGUCGCACUUGACCGCUCAGCGGAGGACGCACACGGCCGAGCGGCCCUACGUGUGUGAGGACUGUGGGAAGGGCUAUUCCCAAAUGUCCUCCAUGAGAAUGCAUCGGAUGAUACACACAGGCGAGAGGCCCUAUGUGUGCAUGGUUUGCACGAAGGGCUUCCUGGACAAUUCCACCCUGAGAAAGCACAACCUGACGCACACAGGAGAGAGGCCCUACUUGUGCAAGGAUUGUGGGAAGAGGUUUCCCGACAACUCGACUCUGCGGAAGCACCUGAUCAUUCACACGGGAGAGCGACCGUACGGGUGCAGCGUCUGUGGCUGA